AGAGCUCUGCACUCCACGUGUAAUCUCCCCACACACAAAAGACCACGAAGUUUGCGCUCCGAGGAUACAGUUUCAAUUUUAAAAGCCAAGUUUUUAUACAGAAAUGUUUUGUGAUAUAAAAUAUCGGCCCACUCGUGAAGGCAACAUGUACGUUACUGUUGUGUGAAAUAAUAACCUCUCCACACUGUUGUUUGCCUGGACCGAUAUAUUUUUAUUUUCUCUCGAUCGUACAUUUUUUUGACACAUGGAGUUAGUGUUUCGGAACGCUAUGUAGUGAAGAAAAAUAUAUUUCUGGAAGUCAAUUAUUGCAAUUCAUGAAAUAUUUGUUUGAUAUGUCGUUGAGUUGGAAAAUGAUGGAUUUGGUGAAGUGAACGUUUUAAUACAUGGCUGAAUAAUCCUUCAGUUUUUGAAUUUAUUUGUGAAGUCGACCACUGUAGUUCAGUUUUAUUCCACACAAAAGACCGAGAAAAGAAAAGUUUUUAAAAGUGUGCUGAAACUUUAGACCAAUGGGUCUUAGUGGUUAUUUUUAAGUGAUUUUUGGCGAAGCUGGUCAUAAGUGAAUUGUUUCUCUUAUAUCAAGUUUAAUAUCGACGUUUUCCCGGUGAUGCCAAUGUACAUAAAUGAUGGCUAUCUAUGGAUGUGACGCAACCCAACCACCUGAAAAAUGACGUCAUCACAGCAUAUUCGCCUUUUAUGAUGUCAUCAAAAUGCUCGGACCUCGGCCCCUCCGAUAAGGCCCCGGGCGGAGGGCCAUGUGCCCGGAGGCUAUGGGUUUUCUUAGUACUCGGGGCCCUGGAUAUAGUAUUUGGACUAGUGACUGUAGGUCUAUACUUCAACAUUCAGGCUGUCACCACGUCCAACGGACUAACGGAAGUGUUUCCCGGAUAUAUAAUAUGUCUGGUGGUGCUUAUAAAAGGUGCUAUUGUCCUCGUUCUAUUUUGGUGGCGGCCAUCUUGUCUGAUCUUCGUGUGUCUGUCCGUGGCCGUGGGGUGCGGACUGCUGUGUGUGGUCUCGGUUAUCUUGUGCGCCACUCACGUGCUCUCCCCCAUCAAGAACAUCGACUCGUGCACGUACCGGAAGCAGGAGUCGGUGUGUGAAUGUCAGACUUCCUACAGGCGGGACGGUCUCAGCAUCGAGUUUCUCCCCUCGGAAAAAGUGAAAAUUGAAUUUGAGAGAACAAACAGCUGUGACGUAAUCGAAUCUAUACUUCCGGUGCUGCUUUAUGCGGAGUGCGCCCUCUAUCUGUCAAUAUUCAUCGUGUGUACAAUUGUUGCUGUGCUUACAUUCCUCAUCAUAAAGUUGGAGAAAAGAAAAAUUUUAAGAAAUGAAACAUAUGAAGAGAUCUUCACCGUCAGUGGAGGAUCGUCCUGCAGCGACAGUGACGCCGAACCGGAAGUAGAGACUACGCGUACCGGAAGUGUAAGUCACACUAAACCGGAUGUUUACAGUCAGUUUGACGGAAGAAACACCUGUCCGCCCGGGAUCUUGAAAAAUCAGGACAAACACGAAAUUCUCGUUGACAAAACCUUAUCUCGGUCAAAAUCUUGUGAUUCCAUAGACUUGAUUUAUAAUUCAUCCGAGAGUGACAAAGUUAAGAAAGGGCGCUUAAAAGAACAUAGGAGAAGAGAUAGACGUGCAGUGACCUUGAAUAAUUUGGACACCAAACAGCUAUUACUGAUUUUGGAUCUGCAAAAGAGAUACCAGGAAGAAACUCGAUUGUUAAAAUCUCAGGGAAAUCUUGAUACAAUAGCAGCGGACGGUGCGACAUCAGUCGCUACUUCCGCGAUCCAAAGGAGAGCGAUAACUCCGCAGCCGUACCGGAAAGCCAAUCCGAACACGAUUCCGCGUUCACACACGCCUCAACCGCGCAACGUGUAUGGAGGUAACUUGACAAUGGUUGAACUGGCGCGCAACUUACAGGAAAGCCUGAAAGAAAAGCAACCUUCAUCACCAAAUAAAUUCAUGCCACCAAAUAAGGAUACGGAUAAGAAGCCAGCGGUGGCGAAUGAAGGUUACGUCUAUAUGGCGCCAAAACCCAAAAGUAGGCCAUCCGCCCAGAAAUUCUUCCUUCCACCUCAACCCAUCCAGAGAUGCAGAUCUACCUCUCCAUUUUCUGGUCCUCGCCAAAGGAAGAAUUCCCCUCGAGAACUUCCUUUACAGCCCAUUUCGCGCCCGCUAGAUUCAUUCAAACAGCUGCCGCCGGCGCCAAUACAGCGUGGUGGCUCGGCCUUCCAGUUGGUCGGACACCCGUUUGGACCUAUGUACAACCACGGGUCCAUGUCGCAUGACGUCAUCUUCCGGACACCGGGAGAGGUGUUUUGCGAAAACGCAAUACGCGAGAACUUCAAGCUGUACUCAAGUCCAUUCAUUUUACAAAACACAAAACAGCGGCGGACGGAGGCGGGUGCCAGCUGUUCCCAGAUCCCUCCCCCGUAUUCGGGUCCGCCUUCGUACACCGACUUUCUUUCAAGAACGGAUUCCGCACCAGAUUCCGGAUCGGAGCAUAUAUACGAGACGUACGAAAAUAUUCCAGAAACCAAGGCGUCCUUGAAACCGUUCUCGUCGCCGAAGAGGAGUCCGAGGAAAACGCGGGAACGGAUACAAACCACGGAGAGUGAGGAUGACGUAUUUCUACCAGUCAGACUGUCACCAGGUGGCGCUCUUGGCUCGCCAGCGCAUCCGUUUAUUCCAGGAAUUAGCGAUGCUAGUCGCCGGAGAAAGCCAAAGAAACGCAGCGGGAGGCAAAAGCAACCGUCCAAUGAUGUUUCCGCAAUGAGUCACGUGAAGCCUGGUCAUAAUUCGAUUCAGUCUCGUGAUUCGACUGAUCAGCAGCCGGAUUCGGAAGACUGUGACAAUGUGUAUGCCGUUAGCGCGAAAGCAAAACCAAAGUCGGAGACCGAAUCUGAAGAUAUUAACAGAAAGCUCGAGAAACCGAAAGUAAACGUUCCCCCCAAACCCUCAUCCGACCCCAGGAAUACAACAAGAAUUGGCGUCGUUAAUGAAAAACUUAUUAAUGGUAAUGGUUUUCUCGAAAACGGGGCAAUUAUUCCAGACAAAACUCGUCCUGUUCAUGUUACAAAAAUCCGAGGUUAUUCUGAACGUCCUUCGGAGAGUUCCGGAUGUACGUAUGAGGACGUUGAAGAAUCAUCAUUAGGUGUGUCAAGUCAGACUUCCCUAAUCUCGAGCAGUGACGAGAUCACGCGAGAGUUUAACAGCGCCAUUGACGAGAUCCAUCCGGGACUUGGAGAUCCGAGGGUGUUAGAAACUAUGAUAUAAUGCGCAUGCGCGUUUUAGGUUUUAGUUUAUUCCAAAAUUGUAUAUAUAGAGUAUUGAUGUUACAUGUAUAUGAUAUUUGUGUAUUCUUUUUACUCCAUUUACCACCCUUUAUUUUAAAUUGUGUUCAGUUCAGUUAUUCCCAUGUGUUGCCAUCCUUAUUUUAAACAUACUCAUGCGGUGAUUUAUUUUUUUUCCUUUUUAUUUUUGGUGCAUCAAAUUUGUGUGUUUCACGUGUUCAAAUGCCAUGAGUCAUAUACAUAACCUGUAUACGUUAUAUAAUUAUAUUUUUCUAUGAAUUUUCCCCCUGAAAUUGAACAAAUGUAACUGAUAUGAAAUAUGAAAUAAACGAUCUAUGCACAUUUCUUGUCGGAUUAUUAA